AUGCUGGAGAACUGGGCGCUGCAUGCGGACAAGGCUCAUCCGCCUCUCAACUCCCCCCCACCCGCACACACAACAGGCCACAAGGAGAUGCUGGAGAACUGGGCGCUGCAUGCGGACAAGGUGGGGCUGCGAGGGCACUACAUCAUAUUCGCUGCGGAGCAGCAGUGCUUCGACUUUGCCAACCAGAAGUGGCCCGGGCAGGCACUUCUCUUGAACUUGGAGGACGACUUUGUGCAGCAGGAUGGGAAUGUGGACCUGUCGCAAGAAAUCGGAUACCAUUCCGCGGGCUUCCUCCGAUUGACCUCCCGCAGGGCCGUCUACAUCCUGCACCUCCUCGCCUUUGGCUUCUCUGUCCUCUACUCCGAUAUCGACCUCGCCCUCCUGCAAAACCCCCUCCCAUACUUCGCUCCCCUCUCCUCCCCUCCCUCCUCCUCCGCCUCCUCCUCUGGCACCCCUUCACCGGACUCCGGCUCGCCGAAAGAAUUCGACAUGUUUAUCACAGCAGAUCAAGCCUGGACGGACGGUCCAGAUCACACGGUCAGGCUGGGCGAGCCGGGGCUGCCCGAGGUCAUGUGCUUCUGCUUCCUCUUCUUCCGCCCCACACUGGGAGCCAAGACUCUUGUAGCUAUCUGGGCAUACAACAUGGUGAAGAAAGGGAGUGGGGUGGCAAACGAGAAUGACCAGCACCAUCUGGGCCAUGUCAUUGCGAUGAUGAGAGAGCGAGGGAUUGAGGCGAAUAUCGGCGUGCUGCCCGGAAAAAAGUUCCCGUCGGGCGAGUUGAUGAAAGAAAAUAUGGCGAGGUUUUUGUAA